AAAGCGGCGGCGUCCUGGCGUCAUCUCCAAAUCUCGGCCAGUGCCGCAAUUUUGGCUAUAAAUACAAAUGUCGGCACGCAGCUUGGCUUAAACUUACAUUGUUAUCCUAGUUCACAACAUCGCUCGGGGUCUCCUUAACGCCGCCGAACAAAACACAUUCGCUACGUGACGUUGUUAAGACGGGAAUCCACCCACGCAUCGCAGGACCACUCCACUCCGAAACUCCAUCGAAGCACCACAAACUCCCAGUGCCACGCCCUAUUUAAGUGCAGACACCACACCAGAACGCCCCCCUACCAGGACAACAAUGGGAGUCACAAGGAGGCAGGGAAGUGGAAGUGGACACAGGUGGCUCUUGGUUUGGAUGACGGUGCUGCUCCUGGUCGUCCCACCGCACUUGGUCGACGGCCGUUACCUGCCGACAAGGUCGCAUGGCGACGAUUUGGACAAGUUGCGUGAACUGAUGCUGCAGAUUUUGGAGUUGAGCAAUGAGGACCCACAGCAGCAGCAGCAGCAGCAACACCCACAGCUGCGUCUCCGCAAUGAGGCCACCAGCAGCAACAGCAACAGCAACAACAAUCCACGCGUGUCCAACGGCAACUCCAAUGCCGCCUGGCUGCAGAAACUGAGUGCCAUGGGUGCCCUGGAUGAGUUGGGCGGUGAUGGAGUCCGAUUUGGACCCAACUAUGGACGUUACUAAGCCAUCUGAGCCGAGGACACCUGACGACGACAACAACAACAACAACGACGACGACAAGGGAAAUGGAAACUGGGGGUUGGGCGGGAACCAUGUUGUGAAUGAAAAUGUUUUGUUUGGGACCGAAAAAAGGGAUAGUGUAGUGUCGGAAAUGUUCACAGGAUUAAAAUCCAAUUGGAACGAAAGCAAAGUGCGUGAAAAUGGACAAAUAAAUGGGGCAAAGGAUUCUCGUGGAAAUCGUGUCCGAAGAGGCCUUUGAAGUACGUACUUUGAAUGAGCUUCUGCCAGUUGGGAAUGUAAAAGAGGACACUCUGUAAAAUCACUUAGACCUUUCUUUCUAUUAAAUUGAAGUUUUUGCAACCUUUUUUAAUCCUUUCAUAUGCGAAAGUUAACUCUGAAUUUGGCUUAAAUUAAUUAAAUUAAUGGAAAAUAACUUAAAUCAUAUGUCUUGCUAAGUUAAAAUCAAACUAAAAUCCAUUUUAAAGCUUUUAAAUUAACCUAAAAAUGUGUAUAAAAAAACAGAUACUUACAGGUUUUUAUACAAGUUCCAUUUCCAACAUGGUUUUCCCUGUACCCAUUAAAGAUUUACAAAAAAAUACAAACUGAGUAAAAUCUCAGAUAAUAAACUGAAAACUUGAAAGGACAAAGACAGUUCCUAUGCUAGAACAAUAAUUUUUAAAAUCCUUUGGGUAAACCCGAUGGCCAUCAAUGUACCUAUAUGUAUGUACCUAUGUGUUGUAGAGCAACCCCGUCCCCUAUGAAAAACCAAAAAAAAAAACACACAGAAAAACCUCUGAAAAUGUAGCCCUUUUAAUGGCGUAGACUAAGUGCGGAUUUUCAACUUCUUUUUGCGCGGCCAAAGAAGAGAUAAAAUUGAAAUUACCAUUAAAUUGUAAAUAUUUUAGCCCCGAAAACCGCUUCUCGCACUCCCGCCCCACGAAAUAACAAUAAUAACUGGAGUUUUAAUGGGCCCCCAAGGCUGGCCGGGGCAUAUGAAGAUAUAUAGUAAAUGUAUUGUGUAUUUAUAAAAUUAUACUACUCCCAACUAACCUCCACUAGAUGGCCUCCGCUGGAAGAUGGGCCCAAGUUAAAUGCGUUUUCGGCUGCGACUUUAUGGCCAACAACAUGUCGAGGGAGAUAUAUACCUAUAUAUAUACACUAUUAAAUUCGUAACUAUAUAUAUAUAUAUAUACUUAUAAAUGUACAUUUAAUUGUUGUUAACUUACGUUUUAUCGUUAUUACUUAUGAUUCGCCGCCGAAGCAAAAAUAAACGAAAUCAUUUUCAAUGCAA